CAUGCAUUUCUGGAUUGACAAACGCUCACAGCAAUGCGGUUUUGGUCGCUCUCGUGUGGCUGCCUCAUUAUCUCAUGCUGGCAGUGGUCUUAGCUAUGGUCAUCCGCCCAGACGCAGUAAAUCGAGCAGCACAAGUGGUGGUGCUGGUGGUGCUGGGACAUCAGCCUCGGCAAGUUCUAGUUCUAGCCAAGCGGCGGCAGCAGCUUCAUCAUCCUUGGCCUCGGUACACAGAUCUUUGCCACAAACUCCGUACACUGAAGGACCUGGACAGCAGCAACAUCAUCAUCAUCACCAUCAUCAGCCAAGUACAAGUCGGCAAUAUAGCAGCAGCAACAACAAUUCUUUGCACAGCCAGCAGCAACAACACUCCAGCAGCAACAGCAGCAACAACAUCACCACCACAAACAACAACAAUGCGGCAGCGGCGGCAGCAGCAGCAGCGGCCGCAGCAUUGGGAACAACAGCAACAACAACUGCCAGCAAUAAUAAUAAUGCCAAUGGAAUCAGCUCAUCGUCAGCUGUCCUUACAGGAAGUGGCACAAUAGUGCCAUUACGUGGCUCCGCUCACUAUAAUCAUCAUCAUAGCACACGCUAUCAGACUCGCCAACAGCACCAACAACAACAGCAGAAUCAGCAGCAACACCAACAGCAGCAGCAGCAGCAGCAGCAACAACAAUAUCAGCAACAACAACAACAAUAUCAACAACACUAUAGCUAUCAUCAUCCACAAUUUGGUAAUAUGGCAGUGCCUGUACGCCAUAAUUAUGAACAUCAAUCACAUCAGCAACAUCUACUACUACAACAACAACAACAACAGCAGCAACAACAACAUGCUGGUGUUUAUGCUGACGACGCCUACAGCGCCUAUCAUCAACAUCAGCAUCAUCAUCAUAAUCAUCCCAAUACCAAUGUGACAAACAAUUCCCGACAAUCUUCCUCAUCCUCAUCAUAUGCCACGCCACGUCGUCACAAUUCCAACAACAGCAUGCUAAGACAGGCAACUGCUGCAGCAGCGGCAGCAGCAACAACAUCCUCAAUAACAUCGGCAACGGCAAUACCACCAUCAGCAACAGCAGCACACACAACCAUGCACAGCAGCAGCAGCAAUAGCAGCAGCAACAGCAGCAGCAACAGCAACCAAUUGCAACAGCAACAUCAUGCUCUACUCCAACAUUCCGACUCUCAAUUGCUGCCAAGUCAUCUGAAAUGUGGCAUGUGUGCCAGUCUAAUACUGGCCUCAGUAUUUGUGGCCGGAGCAAAAUUCUAUUUCGAUCAUCAGGGCACUGGAUUGGAGGUUCUUAUCUUUUGUGCAUUCUCAGCAACAUUCUUUCUGGCCGCCUGUAUGGUUAGUUUGUGUCGCAUACCCAAAGGUCUGAUACCCACUCGCCAUGCAGAUGGACGUUCGGUAGCUGUUUGUCAUAGAGUCUCUGGACCAGGUGGUGGUGGUGGUGGUGCAGUUGGUGGUGGUGGCGCUGGUGGUGGUGCAGUUGCUGCAGGUUUAAUUAGUACUGGAGGUAAUGGUGGCGGAGUUGCGGCCAAUUGCAUGUUGGAACUAAGUGAUAUACGCUAUCUAGAUGAUCGCCAAGAGAUGAGUCUAAGUGCUGCCACGGCUGGACCACCACCAUAUCAUAUAGCCAUCUUAUUGCCAGAACAAACACCAACUUUGGGCAAACAGUUGCCAUUGGAUGAAUCACCACCGCCGUCCUAUGAUAAGAUCUUAGUAUAGAGGCUAUAUAAUAAUAUUUAGGAAUUGAGCGUCAAUUUCAGUUCAACACCAAAAAACAAACAAAAGCCAAGCUAAGCCAAGCUUUUACAAUCCCCAAACCAAAUACUUUUGCUCAGUAUUUUUCUAAAAAAAAAAAACUAAAAAGAAACAACCUACAAAGAUAUCACAAUUUAUAUAAACUUAUAUAUAUACACAU